UCACAGGCUGCUGCCGCCUCCAUUGUGAGCCGGGAGCCCGGGCUGAGCCGCGGCUGCUCCCCAGCUGGGUGUGCGGGGAGAGCCCUUCCCUAGCGCCCCUCUGUGCCCUGGGGCAGCCCCGGGCUCUGCCGACACCAGCCCCUGAGCCGGAGCCUGCAGGCUGCAGAACAUCCAUGACUUGCUGCAGAUCAUCCCAUGCCCUCCAGAGACAGGGAAAGGAAAUGGCUGCAGCGGAGCCGGUGACCUUCGAGGAGGUGGCUGUGUAUUUCUCCGAGGACGAAUGGGCUCUGCUUGACCCGGGUCAGAGGGCCCUCUACAGGGAUGUGAUGCAGGAGAAUUAUGAGACUGUGAUCUCUCUGGAAUUUCCAAUUUCCAAACCUAAUGUGAUCUCCUGGGUGGAGCGAGGGGAGGAGCUGCGAGUCUCGGUUCUCCAGGGCUGUGAGGAAGGGGAGAUCAUCAGCGCAACCCACACAGGUGAGGAAUCAGCUAAACUGACUCAGAAACCAAUUACUGUGUCCUCAUAG